AUGGCAAGCACAACAUCAGGACCUGCUCCCCCCAAGGGAGUCUGGAGGACAACGGAGCUCUCCUCGAUCCGCUAUGGGCCGGGAUGCCUAAGGGAGGGUCUUGAUGCCGCCUUGAAGGAGGAUCUCGGCGGUCGCAAGAGGGCGCUGAUUGUCACUGGCAAGUCGCUCAGCACCAAGACUGAUGUGAUCAAGAAGGUCAAGGAGGCCCUGGGAGAGCGCUACGUCGCAACCCUCGAUGACAUUGGCCAGCACGCCCCUGUAGACGCCAUUCACCGUGCCGUGGAGCUUGUCAAGAAGGAGAAGAUCGACGUGCUCAUCUCCGUCGGUGGCGGCUCGCCCAUUGACUCGUCCAAGGCAGUCUCUUUCUACAUCCACGAGGAGCAGAACAAGGACAAUGAGGAUCCCAACUCGUUCAUCCCUAGUAUUGCCAUCCCCACUACCCUCUCGGUCGCUGAGACGACGCAGAAUGCUGGUUUCACAAAGGAUGGCAAGAAGACUGGCGUCUCGCACCCGGCUCUGGUACCACGCGUGCUGAUCUUGGACGCAGAGCUCACUCUCUCUACGCCAGAGAGGCUCUGGCUCAGUUCAGGCAUGAGGGCAGUCGAUCACGCUGUCGAGGGACUUUACCGUCCUGGUGACUUCAACUGGGUGCUGCGUAAUCAGAACCUCGGUGCUCUUCGUGAGCUCUUCCCCCUACUGCGAGCAAGCAAGGCUAAUCCUAACGAUUUGCGCAUCAGGCAGAAGCUCCAGCUGGCAGCUACCAGCAGUCUCUUCCCUGAGAAGAGGAGGGGCAACCUUGGCAUUUCUCACUCCCUGGGACAUGCUUUGGGCUCCACCUACCAAAUCCCGCACGGGAUCACCUCGUGCCUUACUCUCGCACACGCUAUCGAGUACACUGCCAAGCUGGAGACGACGCCUACCGAACAGCUCCUCUCCCUCGCAGACGCACUGGCGUACAUUGCGCCGCAGACGAACCGUCUCACAGACCCAGCACACCCAAUCUCCAUCGAGGAGGCGAGACAGAAGGGUGUCGAAGUCGGCGUCGAAGUGGGCAAGCUGGUGCGUGAUCUAGGCCUGAGCACCACCCUCGACGAGUGGAAAGUGCCCCACGAGGACUACGAAGGCAUCGCCUCGCACGCCGCCGGCGGUGAUAGUGCGAUUGCCUCCCGCGUCCAGACCCAGAUCUUGGGUAGGAUCUCAACCAAGGGCCCCGGAACUGGCGCGGGCCCUUCUUCAGCUUCCGCCUGA